ACAAUAACGCUUGACAGAACCGCGCUUCAUAGCAAACGAAGUUGAGUAAUUGUCGUUUCCUUGAAUACUUGAGCCUUAAUAGUUCGCCCAACCUCACAUAUACGGUACAAUCCGCACCAAAGGCACGGACUAUUACGCGCCUGGUCUUGACGCGACCAUUGAGCUUCGCGCUCGGCAGGACGGAUGUUUUUGAGGCCGCUCAAAUGCGCUUUGGAGUCUAUGAUGUCUUGAGCGUGGCGCCAGGCUCGAACUGGGAGUUGCGGAGGACUCGGGCCCGCGUGCGGUUAUAGUGUACUGCGCGUGCCAGAAGGCUAUCAGCAGCUAGACCCAAGGCCGCGGUCGGCCGCAGCCGGAGCGGCUGGUGAAGAGGGCUUAUGGACCCCAACGAAACAAUGCAGCAGGGCUCCCGGGAACCUGCGGCGCUUCCAGGGCAAGCGCCGGAGGCGCCUGCGGAGACGCAAAGAGAUUUAAAUGAGCCAGACGCGCGGAACAUCCGGCGGAGUCUGGAGGACAGCGCGAAACAGCGGGCAGCAGCAGCGCGAGGGCUGCACGACCAGACCAGCGUGCAGCGGGCGCGAGUGGCCUGCGCAUCCGACCGGGAGGCUCUGGCUGCGGCGCACAAGUCGGACAUCAAGAGCGUCAAGGUGCUGGGCGAGGGCGCGUUCGGCAUCGUGGACCUGGUGCGGGUCACCACCAGCGGGGCGGGCCAGCUGCUGUGCGUGCGCAAGAAGCUGCUCAAGGCCAGCGAGACCAACAACAACGACCCGGCCAAGGAGGUGGAGGCGCUGGAGGCGGUGCGGGCCUGCCCCUUCAUCACGCAGCUGUGGAGCUGCGUGGUGGGGCUGUACGACUACACGCUGCUGCUCGAGUACUGCCCGUACGGCACCCUGGAGGGGCUGCUGCGGGAGGUGAGUGAGCGGCGCUCGGGCACGGGCAACGCCUGCCUGGACUUCCUGCUGGUCGCGGUGCUGCGCAGCGAGCGCAGGGCGGGUCUGAACGAGGACGAGGCGCGCUUCUACGUGGCCUGCUGCCUCAUAGCACUGGAGGACAUGCACGGCCGCGGCUACGUGCACCGCGACAUCAAGCCCUCCAACUGCCUGCUGUCCGAGAGCCGCUACCUGCUGCUGUCCGACCUGGGGCUGGCCAAGCGGCUGGAGGGCGGCGCCAGGGCGCACAGCACCGCCGGCACGCCGCUGUACAUGGCGCCGGAGAUCGUGCACGGCAACAAGACCGGGUACGGCUUCUCGGCCGACAUCUGGUCGGUGGGCAUCAUGCUGUGGGAGAUGGUGGACGGCGCCGUGCCCAAGUGGGCGGCCGUGUCCUGGUACUGGACCAAGACGCUGCACUGCCCCGACACCUUCUCGCCGGAGCUCAAGGACCUGCUGUGCAGGCUGUUGGAGAAGUCGCCGCGCGACCGACCCACAGCCACCGCCGCGCUGGGCCACCGCUGGUUCGCGCCGCUGGACCUGCAGGCGCUGCGGGCCAGGACGCUGCCGCCGCCCGCGCCGGCGGAGCUGGCGGGCCUCAUGAUCCACACCGGGCCGCGGGGGUCGGGCGGCGACAAGCACCUAUGAACGGGGGGGGGCGGCAGGGGUGGUUUGAAAUGAAAUGAUCUGCGAAUGAACUGAGGCCGAGGGGGGCUGGGGGCGGUCUUGUAGGGAGGGGAGGGAGAUGGGUCUGCAGCUGGUGUGACCUGGGUUGGGUGGGAUGCGGGAGCGGGGGGCUUGGACAUUGUCGCUGACUGACGCACACUUACACACUCAAGUAAAUGAAUGGACUUGGCGUGACGUGACACACGUGUGUGGUGCACUGAAGCAUGGACGGACGGACGGGCCCUACUGAUUGCAUGACUGGCUGGCGGAAAUGAAUGCAAGCAAGUCGCGGCCAUCUGACUGCCGCGACUGCCUCUGACUGACUGGCUGACUUGACCAAGUCAUACAAAAUACCAUCCACCACCGACAUGCAUAACCGUGAUAUCACGAGCUCGCGUGUGAAUUCGUGGGCCGGAGGGCGGAUGGCGAGCUGCCGGGCGUGCGCAUGCAUGCGGGGCGGUCCGCGGACCGGUAUGGAUUGUGCCUUUUGUGUGCUGUGCUGUGCAGCGGCGCGGGGGGUGCUGAUAGGCUGGCCACGCCCCAUCCGGAUGGGGAGACCGGGCUUUGCGAUUGCCCUGGAGGUCCGGGGCACGGCGCUCGGAUGAGCCUGCGCGCGUCUUGCCGUGUCCUGAGCUCGCACGCUGGCCUGUCGCCUCGCCCCACAGCCCCGCCGGCCGUGAGAGGCUAAUGGAUGGGCGUGUGCGUGCGUGCCAUUUGGGUGUGGGCUGUGCGGAGGGCGCCUCCGGAGCAGGGGAUGGGUCGGAGGGCGAGACCGGCAGUCGGUUGUUACAUUCAUUGCUUCUUUCGCGUGCACGUUUGGCUGCCCAGGGAGGAGGAGGCGCAAACCGGAGCUGUUGCAUGUGUGAAUGUGCACAUGUAUGCGUGCAUGUGCAUGGGUGCGUGUGUGUAUGUGUGUGUAUGUGUGUGCACAUGGGUGUGUGUCUGUGCAUAUGUACAUGUCACCGGAUGCAGCUGAGGGCAUCUGGGCGGAUGCGGGAGGACUGGAGGAGGCAAGAGCUGGUCCCGGCAUUGGCUCUUUAGCUCCCCGCGUUAGAAGGAGCAAUAAGCGCCCGCGAAGACGAUGGUGACAUAGAUAGCCCUGUGUGGUUUUAUGGGGGUAUGCAGUUGUCAUGCAUCAUUCUGGGGCAGCGUGCGUGUCCGUUGGCAAAGGCAGUGGUGGAGUGAGCUGCAGGCAGGUGCGGGGCAAUGCAUGUCAGCCCCGUGCCGCCCCAUAUGCCGCGCCGCGGAGGCGAACGCGGCACACAGUGUCUUGACACACAUACAUAUUCACUCCUGCAUGCACGAACGGUCAAGAGAGUUUUGAUGUGGUUUUGGCGACACCCAGGGACCCACACGCACUUGCGGGCGCACCGGGUGGUGAAUGUGUGGCGCAGCCCAAGACCCACAGGACAUUCGUGAUUGCCCCGGCCAUUCAUGAGGCGUGACAAUGAUUUGACGGAUGCGAGUGUGCGGUGGUGGUCCGAGACGUGGCUGAUGCCAUCUUCCACAGCCGCCAAGGUCCCAGAGUGAGGCAAUCAGGAGCUGUAGGGCACUCCCACCCGGUAGCCAUGACGAUGCAGAUGAGGCCGUCGGGGCGGUGCGUGACUUGACGGCCGUGGUGGUGGAUGGUAGACUGAAACGAAUGCUGGGUAGGGGCUGCUCGGAUGAAAUGAAACAAUAAAGGACUCGGCCUUGUUUGGGGCUGGCAUGCAUCUGGGCAUGCGGGUGGGCGGAUGCAGUUGUGGAAGACGGGCGAGUGAGUGAGUGGGUGGGUGGGGACGGGCUGCAUGCUACCAGACCUGGUGGCGUGAUGGUGGUGGUGGUGGGUGGUGGCUGAGACACGACAGACGUCGUGGCGGAACACGGAGUGUCGCUGCCUGACCAAGUGCCUGACGCUGCGAUUAAUGGUAUUGACCUGUGUGAGGCUGUUGCGGUGGCACAAAGUGGAAGCCUGCUGUACUGUGAGGCGGAAGGCCACACGGCCACUGUAAGGAGGCGUUGGG